UUACCAGUUCCCAACAGAACCAGUCGCCUAGAGAGUGGGUGGUAAUAUACCGGUAAUGGUUGAGCUGUGCUCAUUUAACGUUCAGCAUUCAGUACUCAGUACUCAGCCCCCAAGGGCGACAAGUUCCGAUGGAACAGGCGGAAUCUCUCAUGGACCGUUGCUGCGGAGAUAUCCAUAUAUACUAUGUGUGUGUCUGUCCAGCAAGUCAUGCGACUUGAACUGCGCACCUUAUGCGCAAAGACCUAGGAUAUCGUUGUCCCUUUUUGCCCAUACUCAUAGUACUAUGGAGGAGUGUAUUGUGACGUCUGCCGUACUUGAGCCUGAGUUAGUAACUGCGCAACGGGUCUUAUAAUACGCAUCUAAGUUCCUGUGAACCACGCUUGUCUUACUCCUCUGAGUCGCGCCUAUCGAAGGCCCUUAUAAUCUCACUCAACAGUUUGUCACCUUCACCUGUAACAUAAUGUCGAGCGACGAAGAUCGCAAGGACCGUGUGCCAUCUCCUACUAGCAGCUCUUCCCGUGGGAACGUAGUCGACCAUAACGCCCCUCAUGUUACAGAAGAGCUUGCGUCGAGGAGGAAUGGACCAGAAUCUGCUGGAAAGAAUCAUAUGAUCAACGUCCAGCCUUUGAAACGCAGCGAGAUGCAGCCCUCGUAUGCACAAGACCUCGGUACUGGAGAGGUCACUCAUGGUUUCUAUGGGUCAUUCCUGCAAAGUCUUGGCACCUGUGUCGGGUUCUGUGGUGCUAUUCCUUGCUGCCCUUUCCCAAACCCAUUCAGAAACGUCCAGCAAGGUUCGGUUGGUCUGGUCACACGGUUCGGCCACUUCUACAAGUCGGUCGACCCUGGUCUUGUACAAGUCAAUGUCUGCACGGAAGACUUGCGCAUUGUCGAUGUCAAAAUUCAAAUUAGCGCCAUUGGCAGGCAAACCGUCAUCACUCGCGAUAAUGUUAAUGUAGAAAUUGACUCCGUCAUCUACUUCCAGAUUGUUAAUCCUUAUCGUGCUGCCUUUGGCAUCACUGACCUACGCCAGGCGCUCAUCGAACGUGCUCAGACCACCUUGAGGCACGUUGUCGGUGCCCGCGCAGUUCAAAGUGUUGUAACUGAGCGCGAGGCCAUUGCCUUCGAGAUUGCUGAGAUUGUCGGUGACGUUGCCGACAAAUGGGGCGUUGCCAUUGAAGGUAUCCUGAUCAAGGAUAUCAUUUUCAGCCCCGAAGUCUCCGCUUCCCUGUCUUCUGCUGCGCAGCAGAAGCGUAUUGGAGAGUCCAAGGUCAUUGCAGCCCGUGCAGAAGUUGAUUCUGCUCGCCUCAUGCGUCAAGCAGCCGAUAUUCUCGCAUCACCAGCUGCUAUGCAAAUCCGUCAGCUGGAGGCUCUACAGCAGAUGGCCAAGUCUGGUAACACCAAGGUCGUUUUCGUUCCUAUGCAACUCCAAAGCGAUGUUGUUGGUAGACUCGGCUCCAGCAGUAAUGCUGAGGCAUCUGGCUCUGGACUGCGUGACGAAGUAGGCGAGUCUCUUACCGGUACAGGUCGUGCAGGUCUUCUAGCCAGCAUUGCGGAUGUAUGAUCUUCGAUUUAUCUUGAUUCUAAUGGAUAGUACCCGAUCUGGUUACUCAUCCAUACAUGUAUUUUCACGGAUAUCUUAUUAGCCAUGUUUGUUCAUGACUUUAACGCCUUUUGUCUUCCUUAGCUCUCUGUUUUGUAGGACCUUUGAUGUGCCUUAAUGUUAUUCGAUGAUUUAACGUA